CAUAUUACGGUUUGCAUGUGAAGUCUGCUUUAAAGGCACGGGACUCUUAUUUUGAAAUAACUGCAGCUGCGUCACAUGACCCAAACAUCACCGCGAAUCCUUUGAGUUUAUGCUGGAGAAUCAGACAACAAGAGAACGAAAGCUCAGUUUAAACCUUUAUAAAUAAUGAGACCUGGGACACGAGAUAAACACAACAGGCCUGUAUCCGCUUUGACAGUUUCUCUAAGAAAGAAGCAUAAUAAUCUGACGGUCGCUGGAUGAUCGCAAGGGAUCCUAAUCGGUCGCUAUGGAAACUGGGCUAGCAAAACUUGUCCAGUCUUUGUGAAACAUUGAAUGAACAUACUGUUAAAUGUAAAACUGCUUUUUAGUAUAUAUUACAACAUUUUAGUUAUUAGGUGACUUUAGUUAUUUGCGUUUUGUCAGAUUUGGUCUGCAUUGUAAUUUUAACAUAAAGUAAAAUAAACUGCUGACAGUUACGUUACGUAAAGUCGCGAUGUAUUAGGUUGAGCAUCGUAUUCGCUGACAUCAGAUAAUCUUAAUAUCCCAUGAGAAUAAAAUGAAAAGAGGGGUUCAAAUGCCCAAACGGUCACCAACAGCGGGAUCCAAAUGUUCCAAGAACCUCCAGAGCAAAACUGUGUCCCCCAACGCCAUCUCAUGGUCGGACACUGAGGAUGGAGGUCGAGAUGAUCCCAGUGAUGAUGACAAAAGACAAUAUAAGGGGACGAGAUACAUCACAGAAGACCUGAUCAGGAGGUUGACUAAAUGUGAAAAUUUAGUCCUUGUGCGCACCCUGGAUUUGUCUACAUCUAUGGCAAGUGACAAACAAUUUAGGUAUAUUGAAAAUUUGGAUAAGUGUGAGCGCUUGCAGGUUCUCAACCUCAGUAACAACAGGAUUGAGAGAAUUGAAAAACUAGAGAAACUAUGUCAAUUACGGGAACUCCUCCUUUCCAGUAACAGGAUACAAAAAAUUGAAGGUUUAGAGCACAUGACAAAUCUUCAGGUUGUGAAUUUGGCCUUCAACAACAUUAAACAUCUUCCAGUUUGGAUGGCAAAGAAACUCAGAUCUCUUCAUACUAUAAAUCUACAGAGCAACAAGAUAUUCUCACUUCAUGAGAUAACUAAACUGAAGCCCCUGAAGAACCUGACAUGUCUGACAUUAGCAGAAAAUCCCAUCUCCAGCCUGCCCCAUUAUCACCUCUUCCUAAUCUUCCAUCUGAGGUCACUGGAAAUAUUGGAUGGACAACCAAUCAGUCCACAGGAAAGAGAGCAAGCACAUCAGCGCUUUCACAUGGAGGAAGUGGAGCGUUUGGAGCAAGAGCUGGAGUUGAGAACUGAAGAGAUUGCACAGCUUCAGAGAGAGCAGACCACAGCACUGGAAGAACUAGAGCGGCAGGAAACGCUCAAUCAAAACCUGAGGCAACAGCAUCAUGAGCAACAGCGGAGCCGUGAGGAACUCUGGAGAGAACUGGACACCAAAUCUGAUCUGCUGAAGCAGAAAACAGUGGAGUUGACCCGCGCCUGUCAGAAACACUAUGAGCUUGAGCAGGAGUUGGCUUUCCACAAAAUUGAUGCCAAGUUUGAACCUCUUCCAUUUUAUCCAGAUCCUGAGGUGGAGGUAGAGAACCUUUCUAGCGAGAGUCCAUACAUAGGAAAGUCUCGUCAGAAAAGGAACAUCACAUUCCCAUUGGAGACGGAUAGCAUGGGUGCACAAGACCAGCAGAAGGCCUCCUCAGCGGACCUGACUGAGACAGACGGCCCAGGAGAACAUGACAUGUCCAGACAUGCUCAGCUUAGAGCUGAGGAGCGAUUACAGCAGUUACAUAAAGAAAUUGAGGCAAAAGAACAGCAGAUCUUUAAAGCCAGUGAAGAGCUCCGGCAGCUAGAGGAGACAGCUUCUCAGAGACGGAUCUGUGAGGCUGAGAAGGAGCAGCUCAGGCAGGAGCUUCAGAGGAGGAUAAAGAGGCUGGGAGAGAUGAGAGGAGAGAUGGAGGCUAUGGAGAGGCAGCUGGACAGACUGAAUGCUGAGAGGAUUCAAGCCCAGGAUGAAAUGGACCAGCUACAAAAUCUACUGCACAGCCUGGAUCCCAGUGACCCCAGACAUGACCACGUGAAGGCUCAGUUGUCCAAGAAGACGCAGCUGCUGGCCAUCAUGAGCAGAAAGCACCAGGAACUGGAGAGCAGGCUGGAUGACAUGAUCACACGCAUCCACAAGGAGACACAGGAGAUCAAAGAAUUAGAGCAACAGCUUACUGAUGGUCAGAUCGCUGCUAAUGAAGCACUCAAGCGUGACCUGGAGGGCAUCAUCUCAGGUCUCCAGGAGUAUCUGCAGGGGGUGAAGGACCAAGCACGAAGAGCCCAGUUAGAUUGCAGUCGUCUGCAGAGAGAGAAAGAUGCUCUGCAACGCUUCCUGUGUGAGAAGGAGCUGCAGUGCACACAGCUGGAGAAAGAAGCUCUGAGUGCUAAAAGUGCACAGGAGGAGCUUCAGUGUCAACAGCGGGUGUUGGAGGAUCUGGGGAAGGAGAAUGAAGAGCUGAAGCAGGCUCAGGGGCAGGUCAGUGAAUAUGAGGCAGAGCUUGAGACGCAACUGCAAGAGAGAGAUACUGAGGCCACGCAACUGAAGGAGGAGCUGGGCAGACUGCGUCAACUCAGUCAAAUGGAGCACUCCGCACUGCAGGCGGAGCUGCAGAAAGAAAGACAGGCAAAAGAGAACGCUUUGGCACAGAUGCAGAUGGCUGCCGACAGAGAGCUUGAGAACACAGAGCUUCUGCAACAGGUCAACACUCUUCAGGAGGAAAGAGACAGUCUUAAGGAGAAGGUGGAUGCUCUUCAGGGAGAGUUGGAGCAGGUUAGGGAGGAGCUUCUUUGCCCAGAAAGUGUGGCUAAACAUCUAGGAGAGCUGAGAAGAGGCAUAGCUACAGGACAAGAGGAACUAAGCUUUAAAGACCUUGGGGAAACAAUGAACAAGAAAUUCAUGGCGCUACAACAGGAGGUGCAUCGUGUGGUAUCUGCUGCUCAGAGCGAUAGAGACGAGGCCCAGCGCUGUCAGGACAGACUUGCUGGAGAGAUGAGUUCGCUCAAAGAGAGACUCAGGAAGUACCAAGAAAGAUACCAGGCUCAGCAGGCAGCAGAGAGACGGGGUGAGGAGGCGGAGCUCCAUAGAUUGAGGAAGGAGCUGGAAGAUGCUCAAGAGCAGCAGUACUUGAUGCUGCAGCGUUUAGAGGAGACAGAAAUGGACAGGGACCGUCUUCUUGCUGAAUUAGAAGAACAAGAUAAACAGGUGAAAGCUGAGGAGAGUCAGACUCAGGAGCAGCUAGAAUCUCUCAGUCUGGAGUUGCAGGCACUCAGGAGAUCAUUUUCCUCUGCUGACAGAAUGGCUGCCCAACAACUGACGGCAGCGAAGGACAAACUUCACUCUCUUCAUAGCACUAUAGAGAAAAUACAUCAUGAGAAAGCAGCAAAUGCAGAGGAGUUACAGAGCACCAGGAUUCAGGCUGUCCAGGCCAUUCAGGACUUGGCUAAUGCUGAAGCAGAAAUUGAGGUUCUCCAGAAGCUUUUGAGAGAUAGGGUUCAUGAGACAGAUGGGAAUCUCAACAGUGUCCCAAUCUCUAGUAUUCAACAGCAAGAAUUGGACAGAUUAAACCAAACCUUGAAAAGACAACAGGCCCAAACCAAACGUCUCAGAGAUCAACUAGCACAAGGCAAAGCAGCUAACAACGGAAAUCUAGAAGAGCUGCUGGAAGAGAUUGGAGCACUGAGGGAGACUCUCCUACAGCAGAAUAACUUCCUGUCCAGUUUAGGAGAUCCCCUGCCAAACACAGGAUGUUGGUACUAUGUACCAUCAAAUCAAAAUGCCCCUAGUUUUGGAUCUCAGGGCACACAAGACUCAGGACUGGACUCUGUGCACCCACAGUCCCCUGAGAGAGGCCGGCAGUCCGGCCACAGAGCACACAGGGAGAGAAGACCUCCUGUUAAUCAAGGAUACUGGGUCUAUUCCCCCCAUCCGCACGCUCAUGGAAAGAGAGAUGCACAGAUGUUCAGAGACAGUGGAAGAGAGAGCGAUAUAGAGGGCGUGUCUGGAACACGCUUCACGCCUCCAUCAGUCUCUGCUGGAUUUACUCUACCUGAUGGUACUGCUUUUCCUCCUGGAUCAUUUAUCUACAAUCACCCUGUGCCUGGCCUUCCCAUUGGCUCAAGUACAGUCCUCUAUGGGCCGCCCCCUGAUGGAGCCAGGCUGGUGUAUGGACCUCCUCCCAGCAAUCUUACUAUUCCUCUGGUGCCCAGUGGGACGCUGCACUGUAAUGUGCCUGGACAUCAGGACUUGGAGCGAGAUCUGAAGACGGCAGGGCGUAGGCUGAGAGAGGAGUGUGCCGAUAGAGCUCACAGUGAGAAAGAGCAGCAAGCUCUUCAGGACAAAACAACAGACUUACAGCAGGAAAUCAAACAUCUGCGCAGGACUGUCCACACACUGCAGCGCCACACGAGUGGGCUGGAAAGCUCCUUAUCACAUGCAGAGGAGGAGCAGUGUGUCCUGGGAGAGGUGGAGUGUGUGGAGAAAACCCUGCUGAAGCGCAGAGCAGAGCUCAGAGAGGCCGACAGACUGCUGCUAGAGGCUGAGACAGAGCUCAAAGACACUGGAGCCAAGACUAAAGAGAGCGUGAAGCGCUACAAUGAGGCCAGGAGGCGAGUGGAAGAGACAGAACGAGAGCUGGUGGAGAUGGAACAGAGAGCUCAAGACAGUGCCACACAGCUGGUGCAAACCAAACAACUGCUCAGGAAUCUUCAAGAGGAGGUUGAGGAGCUGCAGAAAAGAAAACAGGGCCAAGAACACACUCUACAUGAAGUAGAGGAGGUCCUCGCAUGUCAAGAUGCAAAGUUUCAAGAGCUCAACAGAAAGCUGGAGAGAGCAACUGUCAGACUGGAAACUGCUGAGAAAGAGCUCAGAAAGACCCAGAGCCUGGAGGUGAAGCUCUUGCAGAGCUGCAGAGAGACAGAAGACUGUCUGACACAACGCAAUACAGAACUGGACGAAGUCAACACUCGGGUGCUGUUGCAGCAGGAGGAGCUGUCUUUGCUGGACAGGAAGAUGGAGCAGUGGACAAAGGAAGAGGAAGUGAUGAGAGUUAGUGUGGAGAAACACAGGCAGGGCCUGUUGGAUGUGCUCAGACAGGGAGAGGAGGAUGCCCAACUCUUACACCAGCGCAUUCAGGAGCUCCAUGUGGAUGUGCAGUCUCUGGCCGUGCAGAAGGGAGAGCUGGACUCUCAGCUGUCUGAGAGGAGAACCAGACUGGCACAGUAUAAGAAAGAGCAGCAGAAGGAGGAGGAAACCCUGCAGAACCUCCAUUCAGCCAUUAAAAAACAUAAAACAGAGCUGAAGCAUGUGUUGGAAAUGGUCCAGUUGGAGAUUGGGGAAUUAGAGGGUGUGAAGCUUCAGCAUAACCAGAAACUGGACCAGCUAGAGAAGAGCCAGGAAACUCUACUGCAGUUGCAUGUGGAACUGCAGCGUGUGCAGCAGGAGCUGCAGGAGCAGCGUGGGGAGGCUGAGAGUCAGAUGAACCUGCUGGAGAAAGAGAGAGCAGAGCUGCACACCCUCCAACAGAAGAGCCUCGACCUGCAGCAGCAAACAGACACAGCAGUCCAAGAGAGGAGCAGCCUGCAGGAACAGUGCAGAAACCUGGAGGCCAGACGGACACACGCUCAGAGGUGUUUGGAAGCAACAGAGACAAGGGCGAGGGCGGCAGAAACAGAGCUGCUAAGACUACAGACUGAGCUGGACAAACUACAACAGGACCAAAAACACGCACACGACCUGCAUCAGGAGAUCAGCAGAGACACAGCAGCCUUGCAGCAGCAGCAUGAGGAGGAGUUGAGCAGAUUGAAGAAACAGCUGGUGGAAUCCCAAACUCAGUUAGAUGAGAUCAGAGAGGAGGUGAAGGCUGCAAGAAGGCAGCGGGAAGAGCUUGUGAAGCAACAGAAGGAGCAAAAGGCCGAACUGCAGGAGAAAGAGGAGAAGAUCAGGAGGAGACAACAGAAGCUGGAUAGACUGGGUCAACAGCUGCAGGAGCUCAAGGCAGAAGUAGUUAUGAAACAGACACAGCUUGAAGAAAAUGAAAAGCUGGUGAGGGUGCAGCAGCAGCAGAGCACUGAUCUGGAGCUGCAGCACAGGCUAGGGCAGAAGAAGUUGCAGUCCCAGCUGCAGGCAGUAGAGAGCGCUCUGGCCCUCAGGCUGGACCAGAUGGAGCAGGUCGCAGCUACAGAAAUGGACCUGCAGAGGGAGCGCAAACAGUGCACUGCACUACAAGAGCAGGUGGAUAAACUAGAGCAGGAGGUGUGUGAGCGGGACUCAAGACUCCAGCAUGCUGUUGAGGAGACCCAUCACCUGCAGGAGGCUCGUCUGCAGGAGGGACGUCAGGAGGCCCAAAGCAAACACAGCCACACAAACAGGCAAAAACUGCAGGGAGUGGAAAAGGAGCGUGUACGGCUCCAAAGGGACCUGCUGACUGUGGAAAAAGCUGCUCAAGAAAACCAUAAACAAGCCAGAACGCUGCAGGAACAGCUCAGAACCAUUUCCCAAGAGCUGCUCUGCCUCAGAGACAAGUUGCAGAGCCAAGAGGAGGGCAACACUCGGCUGUGUGAGAUCAAGGACAGUGUGCGCUCUGUGAGGUCACCGGUGAAAGUGGAGCUUGACAGUGGGCUGAAGGAGCUGGAGCCGCCCUCUAGUGCCUCCUCAGACACAGACAGCCUGAAAGAGAACCAUCAGCAUACACUAUCCGUGGGGAACCCAGCAUACAACACUAAGGAUGAACAGUGGCGAGGCGAAGCACUGAGGGAGAGACUGAGGCAGCAGGAGGACCACUUGAAGGUUCAACUGCGCAGACGCAUGUCCUCCCAGCAGGAAGCUCUGAGUCAGCGCAGACUGCAGACUGAAGGCAGCAUUCAGGGUCUGCGCAGACAUGUUGACAAACUGGACCAGCUCCUCAGCAACUCUUCCAAAGACUCCUAUUAUUUGAGUGACUAGGAAGCUCUGCCAAAACAGAAACAAUACUCCACUGAGCCUCAUUGACAUGAGGAAAUAUCAGAAAAGUAUCCAAGCAGCAUAUAUAAAGAAGGAACUAAUUUCCAUUAUUUGUCAGAUUAUGAAAGCAGGUGGUUACAGAGGAGUACAGAUCUUAUCAGAGAAGCGGUUUGAUUUAACCCGCAUCAACCAGAAAAGCACAGAGAGAGCAUUGAGCCAGAUCCACGAGACCAUCUCAGUGACUUCCUGCUUCAGUUAGAGCAGAGGCUGGAUGUGUUUCAACCUUCUUUAUGCCAGAAAACUAGGCUGGCAUCAGCGCUUUCCAUACACAAAUAAGAAAACUGAAACUUGAGGUAAAAAUAAGAUGGUGAAAGUUUAUUCUCUACCUCGAUUUGUUCUUGUUGCUUUAUGAAAUUAUUUUUAACACAAACUGAUAUGUGCCUUAACGUUUGCUCAUGUUAAAAUAGACAAUGUGAGUGUUUACAGGUGAAACGGAUGGAGGAAGGUUUCAUCAUGUGAUGUCAUUGAUGCACUCAUGUCGUUGCAAAAAAAGAAAAACAGGCCGUGCUCUGGAAUGAAUGUUCAUUUUUACAUGACUGUUGUCAAAAAUGACCUUGUAUUCAAAGCCAAGAUAUGCAGAGUAUUUAUUACAGCACUUUUCUUUAUAUACAGUUUGUCUCAAAUCAAAUACAACUUAAAUUAAGUGUGCAAUAGUCUUUCAUUUGCUUGUCCAGUUUCUCGUCUCAUUAUUGCUCAUAUACAGUGCGACCAAUCGUGUAUGUGGACAAAAACACAGUCUACAGUAUUGUCUUUAUUAACAUAAUUACAAACAAAUGUCACUUACAGAAGACAUAACUGAGCAGAAGAUAAAUUUUUGCAGAUGUCAUUAAGAUGUGAAAAAAGCAAGACGGUAGGCGCAAAUUAAAAAUGGAUUUUCAGUUUACAAAACAACACAUCUAAAAUCUACCAUA